CAGCAGAUGAUAAGAAAUCCGAUUUGCUUUCGCUUUGAAGCGGCGUAGAAUAAAAAUUGUUUAAAAAUGGCUUCUUUGUGUAGACAAAUUGUACGCGGAAAUGCUCUCAAAAGUGUAUUGUUUUCUUCAGCUCGAAGGGGAUAUGCUGACAAAAUGAUGCCUGAUCCCAUUGAACAUGCCACUGGUAUGGAGAGGAAAGAGCUGUUGGCGUUGCAGACUGGUAACGAUGAUCCGUUCAAUAUGAAGGUGCUUAAGAAAUCUGCAGGAACUCGCGAGAACCCCACACUGGUGCCUUCUUGCUUCGAUGCUCGCAUUGUGGGUUGCAUAUGCGAAGAGCACGCCACAGCUGUCACUUGGCUCUGGGUUCAUAAGGAUCACCCCCGCCGCUGCGAGUGCGGACACUGGUACAAACUGAUCGAAAAGCCGUUAAUCUAAACAAACUUCCUGCCUAGUUGUAUUAAAAGUAGUGAUUUAUAAACAUCUGCCUCACAGCAACCCGAGCAGCGCACAGCCAUUACAUUAUACUGUGGCACAAUGUUGCCACAAGCAAUAAAUUUAGGAUGCGCUAGUUCCAAGGAAUUACCAAAUCGUAACAAAUCAAUAAUUAAAUAAUUGUAAGCAAACGACUGUGUUUUAUUGUAUUUUUGUUACAGUUGGAUAUGGAUGAACUCGUUGUUCACUAUUAUGUAGUUAAAUAAACUAGUUACUGAUUAAACAGCAGUUUACUUUUUGAUGUGCAACAUCUUUCCUCUCGCUUUCCUGCAAUUUGUGGGAGUGAUUUCGUAAAAUGGGAC